ACACUUUCAAGAUGGCAGCCAUCGUUGGAAGACUUCUCCGGACUUCUGCAACCAGAGCAGCAGUGAGUGCACUGAGGAGUGGACUUUCAGUAACCACAGCUGCUGCACCCAGAGCCUGCUUCUCUAUCAGUACUGCUAAAUGGGCUGCAGCAGUUACCCAGCAUGCUCCACACUUCAAGGGUACAGCUGUCCACAAUGGAGAAUUCAAAGAGAUCAGCCUUGAUGGCUACAAGGGCAAAUACCUGGUUCUGUUUUUCUACCCGCUAGAUUUUACGUUUGUCUGCCCUACAGAAAUCAUAGCAUUCAGUGACAAGGCUAAUGAAUUCCAUGAUAUCAACUGUGAGGUGGUGGGUGUAUCUGUGGACUCUCACUUUACUCAUCUGGCCUGGACCAACACCCCUCGAAAGAGCGGAGGACUGGGAAAUAUCCACAUCCCCUUGCUGGCUGAUCUCAACAAGCAGGUCUCCAGAGACUACGGAGUCCUACUGGAGGGGCCAGGAAUAGCACUGAGAGGGCUGUUUAUCAUCGAUCCCAAUGGCAUCAUCAAACACAUGAGCAUCAACGACCUUCCAGUAGGCCGCUCUGUUGAAGAGACGCUGCGCCUCGUUAAGGCUUUCCAGUUUGUGGAGAGCCAUGGAGAGGUUUGCCCGGCCAGCUGGACCCCAAAAUCACCCACGAUAAAGCCAACUCCAGAGGGGUCUAAGGAAUACUUUGAAAAAGUCAACUGAUGUCCUGAAACUCAAAUUUACUUCUAGUAGAUGAUACCACAUAAUGCUUAGUUUGACUUGGAAUUGCACUACCCAAAUACAUGAACAGAAAAUGAUUUCAGUGAUCUGUAUAAAACAUGAGCUGAUUUGUUAGUGUUGUUGCUAUGUAUACAAAUAAAAGUGACACUGUCUGGUGUUGGUGAACCACUA